UCGUGAAAGUCACGAAGAUGGCGACAUCCGGAGAGGCCGGAGUCGACUGGAUUGCAGUCCAAAAAUCUCUCGUUUCUGCCUCUCAGGCAGGUUUCCGAAGUGGAGAUGUAUCUUUACUUAUAGAUGCAAUAUUGGAGAGUCGUGAUGACAUCCUCAGCCAUGAUGACAAAUAUGAGAAUUUCUACUCGUGCUUUGUUGCAUUAGCCGCCCACUACAUCACAGAACACUCAACACUAUUAUCCAAGUCCAUCGUGGGUCGAGUAGUCUCAUCAUGCCACAUUCUGAUGGAUCUUUGUCUACAGCGGAUGCUCAAAUACAAAUUAGCAUGCUCCGUUUCACAGCGCAACCUGAUGUCUCUUGUAGAGGGACUAUGUACAGGUUCCGGGCAGCUGCAACGAUCAAGUAUUGUCACAUUGACUGCUAUGCUGAAAGCUGCACAGAUGCCUCCAUCAGUGACUGUCAUUCAAGAACAAGAUCCAGAGAAGUCAACAUCAACUACACUGGUAAAAGUUAGUGAAACUAGACCAAUAUCACAAGCAGAUUUCCUAACGCAGUUGAUGUCAGCUUUCAGUGAGUCUGCACCACAUUACAGUGCCUCAACAACAAAGACAGACAAGUCUGAAGAUAAACCCACUGCAUCAAAGACUGACCCAAGCACGGAUAUGAAGGCGUACUUUGCUGCACGAAACAUAGACAAUCUUCACGCAUUGCGUGGAGCAGAUAUCUUACUGGAUGUGUGCCUGAAUUUGCCGUUUCUACAACGCUACAUCAAUGCAUUCCAUGAUGCGGCUAAUGGAUUACCCUUUGUAUUGCCGAGUACAGCUGCGGAUGCUUCAUCCAUGAAAGCAAGUUUCCCCUCAUUGUUGAAUGACAUGACCAUCGUCUCCCGCGUCCUGGCCUUACCGACCCUUGAACCCAUGACCCCAGGUCACAUGGAGAAGCUGACCACUGUUGUCAUGAGUUGUUUGUUUGCUGCUGUCUCUGCUACUACCACCAAUACGCUGUUGACCCUGGCAAGCAGUCAACAGGUUCGCAGUGGACUGACCACAACCACUACAACCAGUGGUACCAAAGAUGAAGAGCAAGAAAACAUUGCAACACUCAUCGUUGAGAAAGGGCUUGGCCUGUUUAAGGUCCUACAAGGCGCCAUUCAACAAUCAACAAGAGCUGGAGGCCAUAAUCUUCAAAAUCUACACAUGCUUGGAGCUUGGUGUAUUCUGAGAGACUUGGACCGUAUCCUGAAUCUGAAUGUAGCAGCUCUUAGUGAGAAGCCUAAGGAUCGAGAUAGAGAUAUACCAGGCAACCUCAAGGCGGAACCCAAGCCCCCUGUAGGCAAACCUAGAGAGGGAGCUUCAAUGGGAACAGGACGUCCUGGUUCAGCAAAGGGAGCUCAGAAUAUCAGCAGUUUGACUGUAGCUCUUUCAUCUUGUGCCUUGUCUCUACUGACUGCAUUGCUAGAAGACCUUCAUAUUGAAGAACUCUCAAUGAAGGUGGAUAUGUCUGAGGUAGCCCCAGCUCGUUUGAAUGUUUUACCUCAAUAUACAGCUUGGCAGAGAGUCUGUUGCAUCAUUAAUACUGUUCCUCUUACCAACCUACUCAUUAACCUCUUUACAUCAGCCUACAAAAAGGCAUGUACCACUGUGAGACAGCGAAAAGAUUCUAUGGGAUCUGAAGGGGGUGACACUGAGAGUAAUUCACUGAAUGAAUGCUAUGGAGAUGACUUUGGCAGCUCUGAUGAGAGUAGUGAAGACGAGGAUAGCGAGCCCAUACUGGGACCUUGGUUUGAAGAAUCACUGACCCCUGAUUCUGAAUCUAAAGAGACCGUGUCUAACAAUCAAGGACCUCCUCCACCAGUACCAGGGGGAAGUAAGCCAGAGAACAAGAAGGAGGCGGGGAAGAGAGAAGACUCUCCAAGCAUCACAGACGCAAUGGACAAAGAGGAACCUUCUCAGUAUCUGAAGCUUGCCUCUGAUGUUCUACAGUUUUUGACAGUGCACCUUCUUAAUUCCAGCAAUGGUCUUGUCCACACCUUCCCUAGUUUGUCCUUCAAGGAGGUUCACAUUGUUGGUAUUGCUGGCGUCGUAAAAGAUCUAGACAAAGGACUGGUCAAAAUGGAUGAUGGUGUUUUGAAUGACAACUUAGCAGCACUCAACCUGUCAGCUGCAUUACUCCACUGUGUUCACACACUACUGGCAUCAAAGACUCUAUCUGACACCUUACAGGAAUCACUGCUUGGCCACCUAGGGGUCUCCCCCAGUGCCACUGGUCCCUGGCCUCUCAACAUACCACCUCGUACCCUCGCUGUCCUGGCUCAUGUCUUGCUUCAGCAGCAGCAACAGCAACACAGCACCAUGUUGGGAUGCUACAAUGUCCUACAGCGUGUCCUGGAGACUCUGAGAGAGAUUGCUGUUAAAGGAGAACCACUCACAGAAUCUGAAGAUCUAAAUGUUGAACAUGCUCAGCUUCUGAUGUUUAUCUUUGAGAGUCUGCCCCUUGGUAAGAAGAAAGAUAUUCUUCUUCAGACAGCCUUGGCUUUGUCUCAAGUGUCAAGAUCAAGCUGCAUGAAGACAAAGUCUCCUCUAGCUUUGUGUCGUCUCCUUCUUGUCUUUGAAUUCCUUGUCCAUCACUUCUCUCAGGCAAGACCAUUCCUCUUUGAGCAGGUCCAAUGGAAUAUCUUCACUGUUCAGAGCACCGAUCCCGCCUUGAUGCUAUACCAGGAGGAGUGUGGAGGGCUUGCCACUACAAAGUUCUAUAACCCAUGUAGGGAGGUAGAGGAGAACUAUCGCAAGGCAACUACCACUGAGACACCUUCAACAGGCGCUGAUGGUGUGACUUUCAAGAGGUUGUUUUAUAACCUCAUCUCAUCGGAUCUUGACAACGGCAAGGACGUCCCACAGCUGGAUGAAAAGGCAUGUGAGAUUCUAUACGAUGCCUCAUUUGACUACAGUGAGCUCUACCAUGCGUUAGUGGAGCUGUUAGCAGCAGGGUCUGAAUGUGAUUUGAUAACCAAACAGCAGGACCAACCUCUCCAGUACAUGGAUGCUUGUGCAAUCCACUAUGCCAGUGUUGUAUGCUGGCGCCUCCUGGGGAGUCUAGCGCCCUCUGUUGCCUACAUGAAACUUCUAGAGGGACAGCAUACUAACAGUGAACGCUCCUUAACACAGAGUGAGAUCUUACAUACCUUAAGAUGGGUGCCUCGUAUGGCUAAUGAGAAGUACAGACCAUGGAUUCGGGAUCAUUUAUCUGAGCAGCGCUUACCAGUGACAGAAGGAGAGAGCCUGUUAGAUAUUAUUACCCAUCACUGUAACACUGUGCAGUUUGAUAUUCAACUGGCACAGGAACUCAUUGGAACACAGCUCUCCAACAUGCCGUUGUUUGUGAUGGCCAAUGACAUUGUAUCUCCAAGUCAGCUGCCAAGUUUGAAUGCUAUCUGUCUGCUGGACUGCAUCCUCAGUAAAGUAGAAACAUCACUUAAAGAUCACUUCAUUGGUUCUAUCAGUGGAGAUGAAACUGCAAAGACGUACAAAGUGCUAGAGAUUGCCAGUGACCUUCGACCUAUCCUCUUUCAACUACUCAAAAUGUACACAGUGUUUUCAAGGUCCUGCCUACUGCAUCAGAUUACUGGUCCUACUACAUUUGAGUCCUUAGCAGCAUUCAGCGUGGUCCUUCGUGUGAGUUCAUCCUUUGCCACUAAGUGGCUUCCUGCAGGGCUCCUUCAGAUUCAUGGUGUGCCUCAACCUGUACGUACUGCAGUAGAGAAGUGGAACUCCAAUAGCAGCAAUGAGUCUCCUGUCUACAGUGUAGUGAGGAGCAAUCAUCCAAUAGCAUCUGAGAAUCAGCUGAAUACUGUGCAAGGAAUUCACCUCAACUCAUUGUCAAGUCAGACAGUGUUCUCAAUUGCGUCUUCAUUGAAGCAUGUAAUGACAGCCAUGGUCAGACUCUGUACUGAUCAACUCAUGUGGUGUGAUGAAGGAAGUGUAGUCGGUGGGUUACAAGAACCAUGGAAGAAGGAUCUUGUAGACAUCUUAUUCCCAUUACUACUGGAUGCUAGUACAGAGAGCUUUGCAGAACAGACCUAUGUUCCUGUGGAGCGUCUUCUUGGAGGUAAUGAAAGUGAUGACUUUAUACACAAGCUCCAUCUGUGUAUGAUAUCAGCAUGUCAUGAACUCAUCACUAAACAUGCCCGCCCACAAAGAUUUAGUGGUUUGGAGGAGGCAGUGUUCCGUGAUGCUAUACAAUCUCUAGAGGGCCAACUAGAUAAGGCACCCGCUAAGAAAGCUCUAGAAGUCUUCUACACAGAGGAAUCAGACUUGGUGAAGGUGUUAUUAUCGUCUGCUAAUGAGUAUCUUUCUGCUGAGUAUGGAAUCAGGGUACUCAAGUUCUUCAACAAACUCCUACAACUUGCCGAGGACACACCUGGUGAUAAAUCCUUAGAGAGACUGUGCUCCACUCUGACCAGACUAUCCCUAGUAGAUGCCGACUCUUUACAAGGAUGGCUGGCAAGGAUCAUUCAAGACAGCAACCCAGGGUCUAAAGGUCAAGAACAUCGGAUCCUACUGCAGAGUUUAACCUCGCAUAUCGUCAAAGAGAAAAGUCUUGUUGGUGAAGAUGUAGCUACAGCUCUAUUGAAGGCAUUGAUUCCAAUGGGAAGCCAACUUCUCUCUGGAGCAGCAGACAGCUUGGGUUUCUCUGAGCUCAUGCCUGUUAUGGUCAUGUUAGCUGGGGCUGGAUCAGGGAUGGGCCAUGUGGAGUUAUUCAGAGCAGCCAAUGACUGGCUCACUGUGUGCAAGAAGUAUCUUUCCCACAAGGAUGUUGCUGAGAAGUUAGGACUGGAAGGAACAGAAGGAAAGCACCAGAACAUGAUUGAAGCAGCUUGUUACCUGUUGUCUUAUAUCGCUAGCGUCUUAGGAGCAUUGAAACAAACUGGAGAUAAGAACCUGGCUCCAACAUAUGACAUGGACUCAUCAGCUGCUGAAGCAGAUUCUGAUUGGGCUGAAGAUAUGAUGCUGGAUGAAGAUGACUCAGGAGGGGAAGAUUCAGAUGAAGACUCCUUGUGUAAUAAGCUGUGUACAUACACCAUCACCCAGAGAGACUUUAUGAGCCAACACUGGUAUCAUUGCCACACCUGUAAGAUGAUUGAUGGUGUAGGUAUAUGCACCGUGUGUGCCAGGGUUUGCCAUCGAGGUCAUGAGGUCGCAUACGCCAAAUAUGGAUCUUUCUUCUGUGACUGUGGAGACAAAGACGAAGGAACUUGUUUGGCCUUAGUGAAGCGUACACCUGGGUCCAACCUAGAGUCCAGCAUGUCCAAUACCUCUAUGGCGUGUCCAUUUUCCUCCCUAUCAUCUUCCACUGAGGACAAAGCUCGUAAUGCUUCAGUCAGUGCCUUACGUCGGCAUCAGAACACCACUCCAAUGCUAUCCCCUACUGAGAGACCUCAAGGUGGGGUAGUCUUAGGGGAAGGCGUUGGUGGCAUGCAAUUAAUGAUGAUGGAAGGAGAGGAACUUGCUAAGUUUCAUCGGAUGUUAGGGAAGCAGUUGAUGCAGUCACAAGACAUCAUCUUGAGCCUCCUGGAGAACUGUGGUACAGCCAAUACUGUGAUUGAGCUAUUGCAGUAUCUGCUUCGACCAAUUGAAGAUCAUUGCAAUCAGACCUCUGCUAUAGGUGCUACAUCUAGGGCUCAACAAGCAUUGAAAGAUUUACAUACACUGGAGAAAGCGACUGAAACUACUGAACAACUCAUGGUCCCUACCCUAGGAUCUCAGGAGGGGGCUUUUGAGAAUGUGCGGGCAAACUUCUCUGGUGACCAGGGCCAGACCAUAAAGCAGCUUCUUGGUGCUCAUAUGCUACGUCGUGUUGCUAUGUGUUGUUUAGCAUCUCCUCAUGGUAGACGUCAACAUCUCGCUGUGUGUCAUGAGAAGGGUAGGAUUACUGUACUGCAGCUGUCUGCUCUACUCAAGCAAGCUGACUCCAGCAAGAGGAAACUCACUCUCACGCGUCUGUCCUCCGCACCAGUACCCUUCACUGUAUUGAGCAUCACUGGUAACCCAAGUAAUGAGGAUUUCUUGGCUGUUUGUGGUCUAAAGGAUUGCCAUGUGUUGACGUUCACCAGUUCAGGGACUGUUUCUGAUCAUCUAGUCCUUCAUCCUCAGUUAGAAGCUGGUAAUUUUAUCAUCAAGGCUAUAUGGUUGCCUGGAUCACAAACAGAACUGGCUAUUGUCACUGCUGACUUUGUCAAGAUAUACGAUCUAUCAAGAGAUGCCUUAAGUCCUUGCUUCUACUUCCUUGUGCCAAGUGGCAAGAUCCGGGAUGCCUGUUUCAUUAUAUCUGAUGAAGAAACGCGUACACUGGUACUCAUGUCUUCAGCUGGUUACCUGUAUACACAACCUAUGGAAGAAGCAAGUGAGGCCAGAGAUGGCCCAUUCUAUGUCACCAAUGUGCUGGAGGUCAAACAUGAUGACCUAAAGGAGUCUAGUGGACAGGCGGCUGGUGUAGGUGUCUCAUGUUACUACUCACACACUCUACAGUUGCUCUUCUUCAGCUACUCACAUGGUAAAUCUUUCUGUGCCUCGAUUGGGAAGCAGAUGACAGAGCUUGGGAAUCUGUUUCCCAUCACACUCAAGAGUAACGGUAAUAGCGGAGGCAAGUCAGCCAACCCACCUGCCCUUUGUCAAUGGAGUGAAGUUCCUAAUCACCCUGGUCUCGUCUGCUGUUUGACUCAGACUACAAGUAUCCCAGUUCUCUUGAUGGUUGAACCUGAUCGUAUCAGCAUUCAGGAGAUUAAAACACUGCCUGCUAAGGCCAAGGUUCAAGACAUGGUUGCUAUCCGUCACUCUUCCUCCUCUGACCAGCAUCGUACUACCCUGAUCUUACUAUGUGAAGAUGGUAGUCUACGUAUCUACAUGGCUAAUGUAGAUCAGACUGGCUAUUGGAUGUCAAGUCGGUUUCAGGCUACGGGCCCAAUUAGUACUCUCAAACCUGCACGCAAGAAGAAAGUCACCAAGUCUGGCGCAACGGGUCGUCCCUCUGGUGUAGUGAGUUUCCCCAUUGAUUUCUUUGAGCAUUGCCUACCAAUGAAUGAUGUUGAAUAUGGUGGCAACGAUCUACUACAGGUCUACAAUGUACAACAAGUCAAGCACAGACUCAACACUACAGGGAUGUAUGUCGCUAACACAAAGCCUGGUGGCUUCAUGAUUGAAGUGAUUAAUAACAACUCUUCCAUGGUGAUGGUUGGUGUACGUGUCCACGUUGGGGCCCAGUCUGUAGAGAGAGUUCCUUCAUACCUAGAGGUGUUUGGAAGGAGUACACAGCUGACAUCGUCUCGAAAUCGUUGGUUUGACAUUCCCUUCACAAGAGAGGAAUCACUAACAGCCGAUAAGAAACUAACUCUGUUCGUGGGCCCAUCAGUUGACCCAGCUGGCGUGACCAUGGUAGACUCCAUCAAAGUCUAUGGUAAGACUAAAGAGAACUUUGGCUGGCCAGAUGACCCUCCAGAUGACUUUCCAUCAACCACUGGGGCAUCUAAUCUACCAGCAACAUCUAAUACUGUAGCUCCUUCCACUGAGACUGAAGCUGUGGUCAUUCCUACACCAGUAUCGUUAUCAUCACUGGAUAGACUGGUAGCUUCAUCAUUGGAAGUCUUGGAUGGCUUUGUGUGCUUGAUUAGCAUGGAAGACAAGGAGCCAACUAAGCAGACUAUUCAGGACUUAGCUACAGAGCUUCUGACAUUACCAACACCAUCUAGUGUUCAAUCUCAUGCUAAGUCUCUGCUGUCAACCAUGCAGCCGUCUAGUCUGGCUUAUCAUAAUCACAAGGAUCAAGCUCAGAUGCAACGUGUGGUUCAGUGUUUGGGCAGUGUUACCAGCGUACCCCAACUACGAGCCGAGAGUGCUCCCUCUUGUGAGCUAUCACAGGAAGAGCUACAUCAGCUGGAUCCAGAAGCUUAUCAACGUCUUGUGGUGACAGCUCGCUCAGUGGCAGUGGUACGACCAAUUAAUCUAGUUCGCUUUGCAGAUGCCUGCCAAUCCUUCACAGCCCGUAAAUCUGAUCUUGAGUUGACUGACCUUGAAGCUAAUGAAGAUGAGUCCACCAUGGAGACAACUAAUAGCAAACUGACCGAGCUGACUGACCAAGAAGCUAAGCAUUUCUUAUCCAGGAUGUUAGAAGCGUUUUGGAGACUUCAUGCUGCUAGACCAGCAAACACCAUGCUAGCACCUGCCUGUCUACCAGGUUUGACUCAUAUUGAGAUAACAGUAGGAGCGCUAGUUGAGGUCAUCCAUGCCUUUGCCAGCAGUGACUUUGACAAUGUUACCCUGGCAACCAAGUUGUUUGUACGCCUACUUAUGUGUGAGGACCAAGCAGUGAGCUUUUCUGCCAAGCAAGCUCUCAUUAAGGUGAUGCGUCCAAGACACAAAAGACGUAAAGUGAUCAUCCCCUCCCCCCAACGUUGUAGCUCUCCACGGGUUGAUCCAAGUGGUCCAGAAGAUGAGGAGGGUGAGGAGAAGGUCUCUCAUGGAGUUGGAGAUAUCCCACUGGUGCAAGAAGUCUCUGAAGUCUCACAAGAUGAACCAUCCUAUGAAGUAGUAGAGCAAGCUGAACCGAUGGUGUUGGAGCCAGCAGAAGGAGGUGUAGCAGCAUCAGGUGUCAAUCAGCUUCCUCUUGAGGCCCUCCUAGGUGGUCGUAGUGGCUUUGCUCCCAUGCUGGAUAUCCCCCCUGAUGCCGAUGAUGAGGCCAUGAUGGAGUUGGCUAUUGCACUCAGCCUACAGGAACAGUCCAAUCAAGAUGGGGGUGGUCUGAAUCUGCAGGGGCUUGGUCUGGCAGGUCAUCAUCAGGGUCAAAGUUCAUCAUCUUUGGAGGCUGGGACACUGUCCGAUACCACGGCAUCUGCUGCAAGUGACGAUGAAGGUAGUACAGCAGCCACUGAUGGAUCUACUUUACGUACAUCUCCUGCUGAGCAUGCUGGUAGUGGAGGCUCAGAGAGUGGAGGCAGUGCAGUCGACUCAAUUACAGGAGAACACAGUGCAAGUGGACGCAGCAGUGCCUAUGGUGAUGGUGUUCAUGAACCAAUAGCAACCCGUCCAGACAGUGCAGAGAGUAGUGGGGGUCAUCCUAGUAACUCAUUGGGUCAUCCUAUCGAUGGUAGUGACAUUCCUGAUGGAGAGACAGAAACAGAACGUGAUCAUGUUCAUCGUAUGCAUACUCUACGUCUACUCUUACUCAAUCGUCUACUACAGUAUCUGCCUGAACUCAGAGAUGUAGGUGGGGUUAGAGCUAUUCCAUUUAUGCAGGUAAUUCUGAUGCUGAGUAGCGACCUGGACAUUGAAGAUGAGAAAGAUCACAAUUCUCUAGACAGUCUCCUGACCACCAUGCUAGCUGAGCUCAAUAUCAAGCGGAAUGACUUUGGUGAUGUAGCUGAACGCUCAGCUUUUCAUGAGGUGCAGCUUAUUAUCAUGCGUCUACUCAGUGUCUUUAUGUCACGUACAAAGUCUGGAACUAAAGCAGCUAGUGAGUCUUCAACCCUGAUCUCACAUGCCACUGCGUCAUCCUUGCUGAGCUGUGGGGCUGUAGACUACUGUCUACUCAUCCUGAAGGCUCUGCUGGAUCACUGGAAGGAAACAGAUGUAGACGAGGAUACAUCUGGAGGGAAUGGCAACCUAUUGAAGCCUCAUCCUACCUCCUCACCACCAGACAUGUCACCAUUCUUCCUCAGACAAUACGUUAAGGGUCAUGCAGGUGAUGUAUUUGAAGCUUAUCCACAACUUCUCACUGAGAUGGUCCUACGUUUACCAUACCAGAUGAAGAAGAUUUGUGAUGCUACACCUAGUGUUGGUGUUCCCAUAUUUGAUCAAGCCUGGUUCUACUAUCUGUGUGAGUACAUGAUGACUCAACAAACACCAUUUGUUAGAAGACAAGUACGCAAGCUCCUUCUAUUCAUCUGUGGAUCAAAGGACAAAUAUCGCCAACUACGAGAUCUUCACACCUUAGAGUCUCACAUGAGAGACAUCAAAUCAAUCUGCAGUCAGAACGGUCUUGAGCUUGAUGGUAGCAGCAGUGCUCCAAUCACUGUGCCGUAUGAUACUCUCAUUACUCUGAUCGAGCAUCUGAAAGCUUGUCAAGAGAUUGCAGCAUCUCGCACUCUGAACUGGCAGAAGUUUUGUCACAAGGAUGAAUCUGUUUUAUCCAGCCUCCAGCAAGCAAGUUUCUUCCUUGAUGAGGGAGUCUCACCGCUCUUACUGCAGCUGUUGACAUGCGCCCUCUGUGGCUCAAAAUCAUCAUCCUCCAAACACAAGAAAGACAAGGAUAAAAACAAAGAAAAAAAAUCUUCAGAAGAAAGCCAGCGUCAUGAUGACAGCCUUUGUCAGUCUCUAAUCAACCAAUUGAAUCGUCUCGCUGGAAGGGAUACACUGUCCCGUUUCAUCAGACAACAUCUACUGGAAUCCAACAAUACAUCAGUGCGUUGGCAGGCACAUGGAUUACUGCUGCAUAUCUUCAGGAGUUCACAGUUCUCUCAACAAGAGCAACUACUGGAGCUGAUGUGGGAACUAUGGCCAGAGUUAUCUAGCUAUGGAUGUAAAGCUGCACAGUUUGUUGACCUCUUGGGCUACUUCUCUCUCAAGGCUCCAUACAGUGCUCAAAAGUCUCAGCAGUAUGUCCAGAAAGCUGCAGCUUUGUUAAAGACACAGAAUCAGAGUCUUGCAAAUCAUCCUAACUCCACUAUCUACAACAUGCUGUCUGGUAUGGUCCAGUUUGAUGGUUACUUCCUGGAGAGUGACCCAUGCUUGGUCUGUAACAACCCGGAGGUUCCAUUCUCUAAUCUGAAGCUGACCACCCUGAAAGUGGACUCUCGUUACACUGCUAACUCCCAGAUUGUCAAGUUAGUUGGUACCCAUACCAUCGCUAAGGUAGCGCUACGUAUCAGCGAUCUCAAGCGGACCAAGAUGGUACACACCAUUAACAUCUACUACAAUAAUCGCACAGUCCAGUCAGUCGUGGAACUCAAAAACAAGCCUACAAUGUGGCACAAAGCAAGGAAGUGUCAGCUUGCAGCGGGACAGACAGAGUUGAAAGUUGAGUUUCCUCUACCCAUCGUAGCUGCUAAUCUCAUGAUAGAGUAUGCUGACUUCUAUGAUAACCUAACUGCUUUAGCUGAGACCCUACAAUGCCCUCGUUGUAGUGCAUCGGUACCGGCCCACCCGGGAGUCUGUCCAAACUGUUCAGAGAAUGUAUUCCAGUGCCACAAGUGCAGAGGCAUUAACUACGAUGAGAAAGAUCCGUAUUUGUGUAAUUCCUGUGGUUUCUGCAAGUAUGCUAAGUUUGACUACACUCUGACGGCAAGAGCCUGCUGUGCUGUGGAUCCAAUCGAAAAUGAAGACGAUCGGAAAAAGGCUACAUCUACCAUCAGCACUCUCCUUGAGAAAGCUGAUCGUGUCUAUCGUCAACUGGUUUCACAUAAACCUCAUCUUGAGGCACUACUCAUCAGGGUGCAUGAGUCUGGACAAGACAAACCUCAGGAUGGUCUUAUUGGAUCAAGUAGCUCUAGUAGUGCUAAUGUCAACAAGACUAUCCAGCAACUAGCUCAACGAUACUGUGGUGACUGCAAAGGUACCUUUGAUGAACUCAGCAAGAUCAUUCAGAAAGUUCUAGCAUCUCGCAAGGAACUUGUUGAGUAUGAUCGCCGUCAACGUGAUGUUGCCUUAAAGUCAAUCAGUCCCAGCUCAGGGAUGACACCUGUAGCUACACCGCUAACCAGUCCACAUCCAUCACCGUCUCCCAGUGCAAUGGCUGUCACUGUACCAAGCUGUCAACUCACUCAGAGAAACCAAGGACGGUGCUAUGGAUGUGCAGCUGCUGCCACUGAGCACUGUGUGACACUCCUAAGAGGACUAGCUUCACAUGCAGAGACUAGACGCAUCAUUGCUGAUCAGGGUUUGAUCCAGGAGUUAGUUGAAUAUAAUCUUCGCCGUGGGGCGCCAAGCUUCCGUAGUGAAGUACGCCAGCUCCUGGCCCUACUGACUCGUGACAACUCGGAGGCCACUCAUGUCCUGAAUGACAUCUUGAUGGCACGAAUCACAGUGGCACUCAAGGGUUAUAGAUCCAAUCCUGACCUGGCUGGUGCAGUUCGGAAUGAGAUGGCACUUCUGGUCCACACUAUUGAACGAGAUGAUUCCUGUUGGGAGAAGAGACUCAAGUGUGUGAUGUCGCUGUUUUUGAUGGCAGUCAAGACCCACAGCCCAGUUGUUAUGGAGAAUGUAACCCUCCCAUGCCUGAAGAUCCUUCACCUUCUAGUCAAGCCAGCUGCUCCAUCAAGCAAGAAAAACAAGGACAAGAAUGUAGAACAUCUGAGUAACGUCAAACCUGAAGGGCAAGAUGUUUACAUCAAUGUGCGUCUAUGGCUUGCUCAACAAGGAGUAGAUUACAGUAUGUGGAAGCAACGUAUACCUGCAAAUGCCCCACGAGACACACUGGAGACCCAGACGAGCCACCAGGAGACUAGAGGGAAGUAUCUGAUGGAGAAAUACGCUCGACGUUGGAAACAAGGAGUCAAACGAUCACCUGAUAAUCUACAGUUGGGAGGUCAAGCUUGGCUUAGAGGUGUCUUGUUUUCUCCUUCAUCUAGAGCUGCUCGACAGGUGGCUUGUAACAUUGUGGAGUCUCUCUGCCAAGUCUCUAGUCGCAGACAGCAGAUGUUAGAUCUCUUGACUAGCUACCUGGAUGAAGUUGGUCCUAGUGGAGAGAGUGCAUCGGAGUUCUUGGCCCUCUAUCAACGAUUAACCAAAGCCCCUCACUGGAAGCUGUACCUCGCUGCUAAGGGACUACUUCUCCAUAUUGGAACACUCAUCACUCAGGAGAUUGACAUCCUGUUGGCCCUAGAGGAGACUACCUUGAGCUCAGACCUCUCACAAGGCUAUGCCCUCAAGAUGCUCACAGAGCUACUAGCAGGCUUUCUGGAAGUGGAUACCAUCAGGCGUCACUACAAGAGUAAAUUACUUGGUCCUGUACUGAAUGGUUACCUAGCACUACGUAAGCUGGUUGUACAAAGAACUAAACUUGUUGAUGAGACUCAACAGAUGCUAUUGGAUCUACUGGAAGACAUGACUACAGGUACUGAGUCGGAGACCAGAGCCUUCAUGGCUGUUUGUGUAGACACUGUCAAGCGUUACGUACUAGAUGACCUGCGAACUCCAGUCUUCAUCUUUGAGAGGCUGUGUAGCAUCAUUUAUCCUGAGGAGAAUGAUGUAGGAGUAUUCUUCAUGACACUAGAGAAAGAUCCACAGCAAGAAGACUUCCUCCAGGGGCGAAUGCAAGGAAAUCCUUACAACUUUAACGAGCCGUAUAUGGGUCCACUUAUGAGAGAUAUCAAGAAUAAGAUAUGCAGAGACUGUGAGCUGAUUGCACUGCUUGAAGAUGAUACAGGCAUGGAGCUUUUGGUCAACAACAAAAUCAUCAGUUUGGAUCUACCUGUCAGGUACAUCUACCAAAAGAUCUGGUGUCCUGACAAUGAGGGAGAGCCAAUGCGGAUUGUAUAUAGGAUGAGAGGCCUACUUGGUGAUGCUACAGAGGACAUCAUUGACUCUGUUGAUAACAAUAGUGAUGAAGAGGCUGAUGAUGAAGACACCUAUAAGAUGGCUGGUGUUAUGAGUGAAUGUAAGGGACUUGAGAUCAUACUACACAGGCUUGCAUGUCUGACGGAUCUUGUGCGAGGUCGUCAGCUAUUGACCGUUCUCUUGAAGCUGCUGUGUUUCUGCACCAAGGUGAAAGUAAAUCGUCAACGUUUGAUUGAACCCACAAUGCAAGCUGUCAACAUCAUGUUAGCUGUACUGAAUAGGGUGCUUCUUGCCGAGAAUGAAGAGCCUGGAUCAGGAGGUGGGACUGCAGUAACUGAGCAACUUCUCUCCAUCAUGGAAGUCAUCUUACAAGAAGCUAACAAUGAACCAUUGGAUCACGGCAAACCUACAGUCAUCUUAUCAUGUGAUAAGACCCAGCUGGUUGUCUUACUAGAUCGUAUUAAUAGUCCCUUUGUACGAUCCCACUCAACGGUCCUACAAGGUCUGAUGAGGAUUAUACCAUUCUUAUCCUUUGGUGAUAAGGACAAGAUGACCACACUGGUGCUCCACUUUGAGCCGUACCUGGACUUCCACAAAUUUGACAGUGAUCACACACAAGAUGAGGAAAUCCACUUGGAGUGUUUCUGUGCUAUCGCUGCAGGGAUAGAGAAUAACGCCAAUGGGAACGAGUUAAAGGAUCUGAUAAUCAAAGAAGGUAUCGUGGAGAAAGCUGUCAGCUACAUCACAAGAAAUCUACCUCAGGCAUCAAAUCUUGAGUCUCCACCAUGGAAGGAAUUCUUAGCCAAGGCAGUUCUACCAUACGUCUUGAGGUUACUCACUGGAUUGUGCACUGGGCACCCUGCUACACAGAUGUUAGUUGGUGCUGAAUGUAUCCUUGCUAUCCAUCGUAUGGAGCAGAUCUCUAGUGAAGAAGGCAUUGGAUCAUUAUCAGAGAAUCUAAUGGAGUCACUCAAACCUAACCCUGAGGUAGCCAAAAAGAUUGAUAAAGUGAGAGCCCAGACCAAGGCAGAGAAGAAACGUCUUGCUAUGGCAAUGAGACAAAAGCAACUAGGAGCUCUUGGGAUGUCAACUAAUGAGAAGGGGCAGGUAACUGCAGAGCGCUCUGUGCUGAAACAGAUGGAGGAACUAGUGGAUGAGUCUGGAUUGACAUGCUGUAUAUGCAGAGAGGGUUACAAAUACCAGCCACAGAAGGUUCUUGGGAUCUACACAUUCACAAAGUGCCAUCCAUUGGAGGAAUAUGAGACAAAGUCACGUAAGACACAAGGCUACAGUACAGUGUCUCACUUCAAUAUUGUGCAUUAUGACUGUCAUAUGGCUGCUGUCAGACAUGCCCGUGGUCGUGAAGAAUGGGAGAGUGCUGCAUUGCAGAAUGCAAACACAAAGUGCAAUGGACUACUACCAUUAUGGGGACCACAGGUUCCUGAAUCAGCCUUCGCUAGCUGCCUGGCAAGACAUAACAUCUAUCUACAAGAGUGUACAGGUCACCAUGAGCCCAACUACCAUGCUACUAUCCAUGAUAUCAAACUAUUACUACAGCGUUUUGCUACAGAACGAUCCUUUAGUAAUGACAGCGGUGGAGGAGGCAGACAAAGUAACAUACAUCUCCUGCCGUAUAUGCUUCAUAUGGCUCUAUAUGUCAUCAAUACCACCCGUUCUGUACCCCGUGAGGAAAAGAAUCUGACUACAUUAUUGAAGUCUCCACCUUCCAAGUGGUUGGAAUCUAGCUUUGAGAUUGACGGUCCGUUCUACUACGCUGCACUUAGCCCUCUAGUUCUUCCACCAGACAAAUGGAAGGAAGCUAAGAUUGUUGUAUUGAAGCAACUAUUGGCAUCAGCUCAUGUCAGGCAUGUCAGCCCUAUGGGUGCAACUACAUUGAGUGAUAAGCAAGUGAAGGAGUACACUGUGUACAAACCAGCCUUAGUGUUCUUUGCUUUACUGGAUGCUAUUUAUGAGAAGAUGUUGACUCCAGCCCCUCAUCAGGCCUCCAGCUGGCCUGUAUCAUUGGCUCACUACAUCAGACAUAAUGAUGAGGCAUUACUCAAAGCUGGUGAUGAGGUACUGUACCGGUACGAGGUAGAUAGUCUGCCCUGUGAGUCCUUUGCUGAAUUCUGUGACGUGGCUGAGUUGCUUGGUGACAUUCAGAAUCCGGAUGAGUUCUUGGCAGAUGUCAUCUCCUCUCUUCCAUAAAGUAGCUUUGGCUUCCAGAAACUAGUAACUGAGUUUCUAGGAUCAUAAACCUUGUUAUGGCCAAUAGUUUAAACAUAGUCAUUAACAUGAUGAGACUAAUUAAUAAAGCACCUGAUUGUCCUUGUUUUUGUAGCUUUAGUUUAAAGUGAUUAUAUAAUCCAAACUGCUCUGUCACAAGUCACUAUACCUUGCUAGUCUUGCAUGUACUACAACAUUAAUUGGGAAACCUGCGUUACUGUAAGAAAGAAUCGUUAAUGUAUCUUAACAUGAGAACUUACACUAUAAGAAUGACGCAGUAUUACUUAACAAGCUUUAGGCAAUUUUAAGAAUUUAAGCAAAAUCAGAAGUAUUGAACUAAACCAGACCUUGAGUUGGAUUUUUUUGUCUGAUAAACAAUAGCAAAGCAUGAAGAUUUCUCUAAAGUUAGUACCAACAAUAUACGUAGACUUAAAAUGUUUGAAUGUAAGGGUAAUUAAAAGAGACUCUGGUUUUAACUUGUUUUGUUAUGCUUUGAUAGUUUCAUGAAGGUAACACAAUUUAGGGGAAUUUUGAAUCAUUACUCCAAGAAAAACCUUGCAGAUUAUUAUAGCAAUGGUCUUUGUUCUUGUACUCAGACUUGUUUGGUAUUAUUAUACAACUAAGAUUAACAGUAAAUAACCUGAUUGAAGUGUUCAAUGUAGUAAAGUAUAGCGCAGUCAUUUUGCAAAAAGCUCACUGGCCUUACAUAUUUAAAACUUCAUGAUCAAAAUAUAAAUUCUAUGAAAAUUGUGAGAUAUUUUCCAUGUUCUAUGGCAUGACUUCAUUGGUAAAUAUUGCAUGGGGAGUGUUUAUCACAGUAUCCCAUUCUCUGGUGAAGGAGUCUUCUUUCCUCUUGCAUAGUGUGAGGCAAACUGUAUCAGAAUACAUGGUUUAUUGUAUGUCAAUACACCUGAAGCUGAUGAAAAUGCAACACAAAUUAAAUGUUUACCAUGAAAUACCACAGAAUUCUGUGCUGUCAAUUGCAUUAUUCUGUGGGCCAUAAACACAGAAGUGAGUGAGCGCUGUCAUAAUAUGGGCUGGAACUCUUCACGCUGGUUUAAAUCCCUUAAAAGAAAACUGUAGUCAAACGAGGAGAAAAAAUGAUUGAAUGACCACACAAUUUUCAGAAUGGGAAAGAGGACUCCUGAAGGUGCGCAGCUAUUUUGACCUGUUUUUGGGCGUCGUCAUUUGCAAAAAAUGAGUAAAAAAUUAAUGUAUCCAUAUGAUCAUUUUGUCACUAAAAUAAAUGUUGCAUGAAAGGGUUAUUACAUCAUAUUGUAAGAUGGAAGUAUAAAUAUUUACAGAUUUGAAUGUCUAAGCUCACCACAUAUUGUGGCGUUGAAGAUAUAGGAUUUGAUCUUAAAUGAGAAGUCAUAGCAUUCUACUGUAUCAACUUAAAUGUAAACAAUAUUGCAAUGGACAAAAAGUAAAAUAAAAGCGUAUAACUUGGGUAGGAAGCCUGUGAAGGAAGAUAGUAUUCCCUUGGGAUUGGAUUUGUCAUUUAGUAUUUUAAAGAAACUUGCAUAACAGUAGCAUUUAAACAAAAUAUAUCCAUCGGAUAAGGGUGUUUGCAAAGUGCGCUGAUAAAAUAUUGGUUAUUGCAGUAUUUGUGCUAGCUUAAUUACAACCCAUAGUCUCUACAUUUCUCAACAGUGUUUUUAAAAUGUUUGGUUUCUGUUUUAAAAGUAAAGUGUUGUUCUUUUUAAUGAUUGUUCAAUCAAUAAUUGUUUAAUUUUGCACAACAGCAUCAACUUUACCUAUGACUAGUUUUUCUUUGCAUUGUUUGUCUUCAUAAUAUUCAUAUUGUCAUGAUAUGUGUAUGUUUAGAUGUUGAUCAAUAAAGCAAAGUAGAGAUGAAAGUACAAUUUGCAGCAAUUUGUCCAUUUUCUUUAACCAGUUACUGCUGGUAAAAUGUGUACACAAGCACACCGGUUACAGAAACAAUGGGCCGAAUAAAUAAAAACUAGCAAUUACUUACCAAGUAAAAAAGGUCCAGCAUUAGCAAGAAGACUGAAAAGUAAAAGAUCAGGCAUGAACAUUUUGCUCGCGGGAUUACCUUUCACUUAUAGACAUA